AUUUCAUUCAACAUUAUCUAUUUUUUUCCUGUAAGGGAUAUAACGGUACCCUUAUUUCAAUAUACACUAUAUUCUAUUGAGGUCUUCUAACGUUUGCACUACUGCGCAUGUCCGAGAUAUUCUCCACUAGUUUUCAUUAUUCGCAAAGAGCGUUCUUAGUGGUAGAGGGAAAUGUGUAUAAUAAAAGCGUUAACACAAUAAUAAUAUCCGCAGUUUACUAGUGACAUUAAUAUAAAGCAGUAAUAUUAUUACGCCGUUAUUAAUCAGUACAAUGAUACCUAUAACUGUUGUGUUAAUCAUUCUGAUUUGUAUAAGUUAUUUCUACUUGAAUUAUCAUCGCCGACGACCUAAAACCAUAAUCCACCUGUUGCCUGGUCCAAGAACAUGGCCGGUUAUUGGGAACGCUUACUAUUUUUUUCGGCGAAAUCCUGAUGAAAUAUUGAAUAUUAUUAAUAAAUGGACAGAAGAUUAUCCGUCUCCAUUCCAAAUGUGGAUGGGUAACAAAUUAUUCAUUUUCGUAAAUGAAUCAGAUCAAAUAAAGACAAUCUUACAAAAUAAUCAAAAUAUUUGCUUGAACAAAAGUAAAAUAUACAAUUUUUUGGAACCAGUAUUGGGCAAGGGAAUACUCACAGCUCUUGGAUUAGAUUGGUAUGCACAACGAAAAUUGAUUUCGCCAAUCUUCUCUAAAACUAAUUUACUAAAAUUUUUUGAUAUAUUUGUUGAACAAUCUUUAUCAUUAACGAAUGAAUUAGAAAAUGUAAGACUAAAUAACAACGAGAUUGUCUUUUCUGAGUAUAUAUCAAAGUGUACUUUGGAUACUGCAUGUGUUGCGUUGAUGGACGUUAAAGUAAACUCAUCAAAAAUUAGCCAAUUUCUCGAAACAAUGACAAGACUCAAGUUUAUUAUUACAAGCAGAGUAAAAAAUAUAUUUUUAUAUUCUGACUUUAUAUUUAACUUAACUUCUGCUGGAAAAACAUGUCUUCGGGAUGUAAACUUCAUACACAAUUUUAUAGAUGAGAUAAUAAAGGCUAAUAAGGCACGUGAACUUAUUGUUCGAAAUAAAGGUGAAACGUUUUACGAUAUUCUAAUGGCAUCGUCUCGUAGAGAAAAUUACACAUAUGAUGAUUUCACGAAAAUAAUUAAGAAUAAUAUACUUUUAAUGUUAUUAGCGGCGAGUGAAACAACCGCUAUUACUUUGAAUUUUGUCGUCUUUAUAUUAGCAAAUUUCCCAGAGAUACAAGAAAGAGUAUAUAAAGAAUUACGGGAAAUUUACGGAACGAAAACUCCAAAAUCUACCCCAAUAAAAUAUGAAGAUUUACAACGUAUGAAUUACUUGGAAAAUGUCAUUAAAGAAACUCUGAGAUUAUUUCCUAUUGCUCCAUUAAUUGCGCGAGAGCUAUCUGAGGAUAUAAACAUCAAAUAUCAAACAGGAGAGAUUAUCUUACCCAAAGGUGCUGAUGUUGUUAUACAAAUAAUGGCGGCACAUCGAAAUGAAAAGCACUGGCCCAAUCCGUUAGUAUUUGAUCCGGACAGAUUCCUGCCUGAAGAUAUAGGAAAGUCUGAUUCGUUUUACAUGCCGUUUAGUUUAGGACCUAGAAAUUGUAUAGGUGGGAAAUAUGCGAUGAUUUUAAUGAAAGUUUUUCUAUCAACUUUGGUACGUACAUUCGUAUUUAAAAUAGAUGAGAGCAUUCAGAUAGAUCAAAUUGAUUUAUAUUAUAACUUGUUGCUAAAUUUUGCUAAACCUAUAAAAAUCAGAAUUGAAAAACGACAUCUUCAUGAAGUAAGCAAAAUAUAAUGCGCGCAAUAUUCCAGUAGAUUGGCAACAGAUUCUCUCAGUUCUUGUUCGCAAUUAACCUUUGUUAUAUUCGCAUUAGACUUACAAUCUGCCAGCAGAACCUGUUCACAGAAUCUGACAAUAUAUUGGCGGCAGAAACCAAGCUGGAUCUGCGCGCAAUUUAACGGCAUAUUGAUAGCAGAUACUGAGCAGAAUCUACUUUUGGUUAUUCAUAUAAAAUGGUGCAUUUGAAAGAAUUUAAAGAGUCUCAAACUCAAAAUAACAAUAAAUUUUGAUUACAAAAUGAUCAAUUGGACGAUUGAAGUAAGGUUUUAUGAAACCGGAAAAUGACGUCAAUACUUGAUAUGUCACAUUCAUGGGACAUCAUAACUUAGAAAUAAAUGUUUUCUGGAAUAUUGUUUAUUAAGAUUUUUUGAUUUGUUUUCGCGAGCACUGUAUACUGUUAAAAUUUGAUACUACCUUUCUUGAAGAGGGUGCAGGGCCGUCGCGAGGACGGAGUGAGCGGGCCAGGUGUGCUCGAUAAAAUAUUGUUUAAUAAUUUACCGUUUAAUGUUGCGUAACACCUUUAAAUGUUUGCUAUUUUUCCUUUGUUAUAUUCUAUCAUAAACUUAAAACUUAGGAUGAUUUUUUCUAAGAGUUGGAGAGGAAAGAGGGGGGGAUGCUUUGUUUAAUCUUGCCGCGGCCACCAACCACGGCGACAGUCUUCACAUCCUAUAUAUAAUGUUGUUAUUAUAUUAUAAUAUAAUAUACUAACGGAGAUGGGAAAAAGUACUUUAAAGAUAAACCACAUUUAUUCAUAAUUGAUAUUAAAUGUUAAAUCUAACAAUAAUGUCACAAAUAAUUGGAAAGGAAAGGUAUAUAUCUAUUAUAUCAUAUAAUAUUAUAUAGUAUUUUAAUAAUAUUUAAGAAAUGCUUGUUAGAACAAGCGAAUAAAGUGUUUAUAUUUCUAUUGUAUAACAAUAAUAUCCUUAAAAAAAUUACUU